AGGCAGGUCAGGGCCAUGCUCUGAGAAAGUGGAACCUGGACUUCUUGGCCUCACACAAGACCCAGAUGUCAGAUCCACUUUCUUUCCCACUUUUUGCUGUCAGGCUCCUCGAGGUGAGCAAGACCACCAUGGCUCUGGAGAAGUCCCUUGUCCUGUUCCCACUGCUAGCCCUGGUGCUGCUGGUGCUGGGAGUCAUCCAGCCUUCCCUGAGCAAGGAGACUGCAGCCAUGAAGUUCCAGCGGCAGCACAUGGACUCAGGCAGCUCACUCAGCAGUGACUCCAGCUACUGUAACAAAAUGAUGAAGGUACGGAAUAUGACGCAGGAAAGUUGCAAACCAGUGAACACCUUUGUGCACGAGUCCCUGCAGGAUGUCCAGGCUGUCUGCUUCCAGGAAAAUGUCACCUGCAAGAACGGGCAGCAAAAUUGCCACCAAAGCCGCUCCAAUAUGCACAUCACAGACUGCCGCCAAACCAGCGGCUCCAAGUACCCCAACUGCUUGUACCAGACCAGCAACAUGAAUAGACACAUCAUCAUAGCCUGUGAGGGAAACCCAUAUGUGCCUGUCCACUUUGAUGCUUCUGUGGAGGAUUCCACCUGAGGCCAGAACAGAGAAAUGGCCUUACCACCCCAUUAUGCCGCAUCUGCCUCUCCUCUCUUCCUUCUUGCCCUGAGAGAAAUAAUUCAAAUUCGGGCUCUGCCCCAACACACACAUGCUUCCCCAUUCUGAAUCUUGCCUCUUGGUGGAUUUUGGGGUGAGGUAUGGCUUGUGAGGUGGGCCCUAUAAAUUUACCUCUUCACAGCUUCUCUCAAUAAAACACAG